AUGACCAGAGCUCGCCCCAAGCGGCUUCGAACGGACUCGUUAGUUGUGGUGAACGCGUUCACGCUGCAGCAGUCGAGCGCGGCUUCUAACGACCACAAGACGCCGCCGAACGAGCAGUUACUGUGCCACAAGCAGCUGCCGACGACGCGCACGAACGGCUCCACUCGACGCACGCGAGCGCGCUCGAAGCGCCCGCAGCAGCGCCAGGACGACGACGUCAUUGGUCAAAAUGUGGACGCGUCCUGUCCAGUCAAAUUGGCAAACACUGUACGCGCGCCCGGCUCUGUACUGGAAGUCAAAAGCGCUGUGGACGUUGAAGCUGGAGUGUAUUAUGUGCUGCUCACGCGCACGACGUCACGCGCGUGCGUCGUCGCGCUGCCCAAUCGUGGUGAGACGUCUCCAGCUCAAUUGGCUGGCAUGCUCAAGCUUCUGGGUCUGCAGGCUGUUGCGCUGCAUGGCAAAAUGACGGGGCAGCAACGACAUGAUACCGUGCAGAGACUGCGCGCUUCGAAGUCGCUAUUGUCGUCGCCACUGCAUGCAAUGGUGCUCGUGACCACGGACAAGUUGCUGGCAAGCACGACAUGUGCAACGGCAGAUGUGGCCUUAGUAGACGCUGUGAGUGCUCAAGCUGUGCAAGUCGCGACCUCAAAGUUUGCUCAUGUGUAUCAUGUAGCAACUGCUGCAAAUGCGGGCCUUGCUGGAACACAAGAGCUGCUGAACUCGAAGCGCUUCCUGCUGGAGCUCGUCACGACACCGUGCUUACAGCAACUUCAGAAGAGGCUGAAGCUGGCGCGGCAGGUAGUGGAUAUUGCGCAACGUGCUGGCAACACGAGUGCUACUGGUGCUGCUGCUAUGGGAGAUGUCGACAAGUGGGCUCAAAAACUGGCAAAAGGAGCAGGUCUAGAUGAUGAUGAUGACGAGGAAGCAGCAGGCGGGCGGAAGAAGAAGCGAAAGCGCGCAAUGUCACCGGAUGAACAGAGAGUGCAGGCGUUGACUGAGAAGUUGUACGUUGCGCUGGCGCGUGGGUUGCCGGGAAUGAACGCGAAGAGUGCGGGUGUGCCGACGAGUGGAAAACAAACGUGUGAUAGUCAGCACCGCGGCGAGAAACUACAAGUGCUGGGCCUUGGCACGGUAAAUGCUGCUGUAGGAACGGCCAUGACGGACAAACGGACGUCUGCCCAAACCCGGUGGAUGGACUUUGCUGAAGGUCGACAAUACGGUGGUCAAUGGGAGGGAUCUGUCCGGCACGGUGCAUCGAAGGACAAAAACUCACUUGCACUUCGUGAGAAGGUUUGUGCUGCACGAAGCAAGGUGCAGGGAUCAACCCACUUGAGCAGAUGGAUGCCCAAUAAAGAGCCGAUUGAUAUCGAAAAAUGGGGUGGUGCAUUCGGCAAAGUAUGCGGACACAACGAAGUGGUUAUGAACGAUUUGCGGGCGUUUUACCCGCAAGAAGUGUUGAACUCGAAGGUAUGCAGCAAGCUGUUUCCAGCGCCAGGUAACCAGGGCUUUGACGGGUGCCUCGAGCACUUACGAUUAGCGUGUGUGGCUCAACACUCGAGCAUGACAGUAUGGGAUUCCGACUACUUCGUCUUCAUCUCGUCGCGGGGACGUGUUACCAUGAGUAAGAAGAGUCAGCUUCUGCCGCUAUCCCUGGCGAGUCUGCAAUGCCUUGUUUCGGCGCUCCGUGACUGGACAGCGACGAGUGGCGGCCACAUGCCACCUAGUGCAGUCCUUUGCGCGAUUCGUCUUUGUUGUCAAUUCGGCUACGGCGGCAAACAGGGCAAGCUGCCUCUCACUGCGCUAAAACGCAUCAUGAGCUACGCGCUUGGUGGAUCCGUUCGGCUAUGGCGACAGAUUGCAACCGUCCCGAUUCCGCUAGAGGAAGAAACGGUGUACGAGUCCGAGUAG